AUGGGUAUUCCAGGACUCGGCAAAGCAAUUGGAAAUGCCGAUCGAAUCGCUCUGUCCAGACUUGCAGUCAGACACCUGGAAGUCUCUAAACGACCUAUCCGAAUUGCUGUUGAUAUUUCAAUCUGGUUAUUCCAGCUACAAGCCGGCCGAGGCGGGCAAAAUCCAGAAUUACGAACGCUCUUCUUUCGAUUAGUACGACUCCUUGCUUUGCCGAUUCACCCCCUCUUCGUCUACGAUGGAAAACAGAAGCCGCCCUUCAAGCGGGGUAAAGCAACGACCGGUCGAAGCUAUGGUUCUGCGCCGAUAAUCAAUCUCUCCAAGAUUUUGAUCGAUCUGUUCAAGUUUCCGCGGCACGAUGCGCCGGGAGAAGCAGAGGCUGAAUGUGCAAGGUUACAACAAGCGGGGGUUGUGGAUGCAGUCAUGAGCAAUGAUGUUGACACAUUGAUGUUUGGGUCAGGUCUUACAGUAAUGAACUUUUCAAAAGAAGGUUCAACCGGCACGUCGGCUGCAACUCAUAUUGAUUGUUAUACUACCAAAACACAGCUUGACGUGGAGGCAAACGUUAAAUUAACCCGGGCGGGCAUGGUUCUAUUUGCGAUGUUAAGUGGUGGUGAUUAUCUGCCAUCUGGUGUCACAAAAUGCGGUCCUGGUCUUGCUGGAGAGAUUGCAAAGGCUGGAUUCGGUGAAGAUCUUUUUGAAAUAAUAUAUUCCAACGAAGAUGAGGUGGAAGCCAAACUCGCGGAAUGGAGGGAGCGGCUUCAAUAUGAACUCGAUGAGAAUGAAAGCGGUUAUUUUCAGUCCAAGCACAAGGCUGUCCGGAUCCCAGAUACGUUUCCUGAUCGUCAGAUCUUAUCAUUUUAUGCGAAGCCGAUUGUCUCGACUGAACGAGAAAUUGAGAAACUGCGCCAACGACUUGUGGAAGCUUGGGAUCAUGAGAUUAACGCCCUUGAGCUUCGGAAUUUUGUCUCAAACUACUUUGAUUGGAAGUACCGCUCUGGAGCGAGGAAGUUGAUACGGAACCUGGCAGAACCGUUGAUUUUGACCAGACUCAGACUGGCUCGGUCUCCUAUUGCCACGUUCGGCUAUGGGUCUUACGUUCCAAAUGCAGACUUGCCUGUGUUGCAGAGGAUAUACCGCAGUCGAAUGCAUUUCAGUACCGGCUGUAUUCCUCAAGUGCAAGUGGAAAUGAUUCCUGCUGAUGUUGUAGGCUUGGAUCUAGAUGCGGAAGAGCCCAAUCCUCCACCAGAGUUGUCUCAGCUUACAGAAGCAAGCUUGCAGCCAGCGGAAGAUGAGGAUGAUGCAGGCAGUGAAACCGUUCCGCCUGAAGAACAGGCACCGAAAUUCAAUGCACCCAAAAACCCAUAUAAUCCGUUCGAGCCGGAAAAGAUAUGGGUAUUUGAGACUGUGGCAAAGAUGGGAAUUCCUGACGUGGUAGACCGUUGGCAGAAGCAGGAAGCAGAGAAAAAGGCGCCUAAGAAGACAGCGCCCAAGAAAACUACGGCUAGGAAGAAGAAGGUUAUUGAUCCGAGCAUGAAGCCCGGAGGAAUCCUUCGUUACGCAACAGUCACAAAACCGGGCAGCGAUAUGAACAGUGUCAAGAAGGCUCACAUCCUAGAUGCUGCAGGUUUAUCGUCGUCAUCACCACAACAACCCUCAAGCCAAAGCACCUACAGCAGUCAAUAUAGCGUGAUGUCUGAUACGGGGAUCUUUUCAAGUCAAUCUCCGCGACAAAGCCAAAAAUCAAUGAAGUUAUCUGGCCUAGCUAUGGAUGAGCUUGCCAGUCAAUUUGCUACAACUUGCAGCAUAGGAGAUGGAUACAUUGAUGUGCGAGACUCAUACUUCAGACAUCCUCCCUCUAUUCGUGGAUUUGAUUCAGAUAGUUUUGAUUUCGAUACUGAGCUUGAAGGUUCUGUUCCAUUCUCUCCAUUACAUUCGCCAUCGCCGACGAGAUUCAAGAUUAGUUACACGGCUGCUGGCAGCCUUUCGCCUCUCGCGACAGAAGCUACACGAGUUAAUCCUCCAACUUCAACUGUGUCACCUACGCCAAAACUUCGGCGCUCAAACAGAAUCAAGGCACAGCAAUCCAAUUGCGAAGAGUCAUUAGAGACGGCAUUUGACUCGCUCCGUGUAUCUCCUGCAGUCAAGAGUCCAGAAUUUGAGAUACAUGAUGAUAUGCAAAGGUUGAGAAAAUCUAGACCAAAGGCAACAGUCAAGUCAAAAGAACCGCUUCCUGCGCCAUCGCCAAAAGUUCCCGAAGCCCAGCUCAAUGAUGAUCUUAAUCCGCGUGUCCAUAAAAAUCAGAAAGAUACGCCAAAAGCAAAGAAGAUCGACGAAGUCAUCGAUCUCGAAAUCGUUGACCCGGCACCAGCCAAAGUUGAGGUGAAAGAGCACUAUCAAAGUCAAUCUCAGCCUCCCAAGGCUCUUACUGAACUAAUACGAACCCAUAAAGGGUUCUGGACCGUUGAACUUUGCGAACAGGAUGAAGCUAGCCCUACAAAUAGCGAGCCACAACAAGAACAAGAAGAAGACAUUGAAAAAGGGAAGGACAAAAAGAAGAGAAUUGCACGUGUCAGCGUCUUGGAUAUGAGGUGA